UGCUAAAAGCUAGAAUGAAACAGUUGCCUGCAGCUACUGUUCGCCUCCUUUCAAGUUCUCAGAUAAUCACUUCAGUGGUUAGUGUUGUAAAAGAACUCAUUGAAAAUUCCUUGGAUGCUGGUGCUACAAGCAUAGAUGUUAAACUGGAGAACUAUGGAUUUGAUAAAAUCGAGGUACGAGACAAUGGUGAAGGUAUCAAGGCUGUUGAUGCACCUGUAAUGGCAGUGAAGUAUUAUACCUCAAAAAUAAAUAGUCAUGAAGAUCUUGAAAAUUUGACAACAUACGGUUUUCGGGGAGAAGCCUUGGGGUCAAUUUGUUGUGUAGCUGAGGUUUUAAUUACAACAAGAACAGCUGCUGAUAAUUUUAGCACUCAGUAUGUUUUAGAUGGCAAUGGUCACGUAAUUUCUCAAAAACCCUCACAUCUUGGUCAAGGUAAGAGAGCAGUUAUUUGGCAGAAAACCAGAGUAUCAGAUCACAAGAUGGCUCUUAUGUCAGUUCUGGGAACUGCCAUUAUGGGCAAUAUGGAAUCCUUUCAGUACAACUCUGAAGAUUCUCAGAUUUAUCUAAGUGGAUUUCUUCCAAAGCUUGAUGCAGACCACUCUCUCACAAGUCUUUCAACUCCAGAAAGGAGUUUCAUCUUUAUAAACAAUCGACCAAUACAUCAGAAGGACAUAUUAAAGUUAAUCCGGCAUUAUUACAAUCUGAAGUGCCUAAAGGAAUCUACUCGUUUAUAUCCCAUUUACUUUCUGAAAAUUGAUGUGCCUACAGCUGAUGUGGAUGUAAAUUUAACACCAGAUAAAAGUCAAGUAUUACUACAAAAUAAGGAAUCUGUUUUGAUUGCUCUUGAAAAUCUGAUGAUGACUUGUUAUGGACCACUACCUAGUACAAAUUCUUGUGAAAACAGUAAAACAGAUGUUUCCUCAGCUGGCAUGGUUGUUAAUACAACAGCACAAACAGAUGCGGUUUUUAAUAAAAUGGAAUCAUCUGGAAAUAAUUGUCCAGAUGUUGAUACUUCAUCCGUUCCUUUCCAAAAUGAUAUACAGAAUGAUGAAUCUGGAAAAAACACUGAUAAUUAUUUGGAUCAUCAGUUAAGUCUUGGUGAUCAUUGUGAUGAUCAUUUUAGUAGUGAAAAUUCUAUCACUGAUAAGAACUCAAGAGAUACAUUUCAAGAGAUCCCAGUGAAUAGUUUAUCAUCUGAAGACUUCCAAAAUAAAUAUGAUGAAACUUGUUUUACAGGUUCUAUUAAGCAUAUCCAAUCCGAAACUGGUAAUAAAGGCUAUAUGGAUGAAAGUGGGGGAAAUGAGGAAGCAGCAGUCCCUGAGACAUCUUUAGAAAUUUGUGCAGAUGACUGGAGCAAGGGAAAUGUACUUAAAAAUUCAAUGGGAAAGAACAUUGAACCUGUGAAAAUUUUAACACCCCAAGAAAGUGUAGCAUGUAAUAAUAAUCCAAGGCCUGAACCAAAGAAUCUCUGUGAGGGUCCCUGUAACAAAAAGUCAAAUGUGGUUGAUAACAAAUCUGGACAACUUACAGCUUAUGAUUUAAUUAGCAAUCGAAUAAUCAAGAAACCUAUGUCAGCAAGUGCCCUUUUUGUUCAAGAUCAUCGUGUUCAGUUUCUCACAGAAAAUUCUAAGACCAGUAUCAAGGAUGCAACAGUACAGAUUGAAGAACUGUGGAAGACAUUGAGUGAAGAGGAAAAGCUGAAAUAUGAAGAGAAGGCUGCUAAAGACUUGGAGCGGUACAAUAGGCAAAUAAAGAGAGCCACUGAGCAGGAGUCACAUGUAUCAUUAAAAGAUGGUGGAAAAAAGGCCAAACCCACCAGCGCAUGGAGUUUGGCUCAGAAGCACAAGUUGAAAGCUUCAUUAACCUCUAAUCAGCCAAAACUUGAUGAACUCUUUCAAUCUCAAAUUGGGAAAAACACGAAUCAAAAUACUAAAAUAGUACAGAUCCCCUUUUCUAUGCAAAACUUAAAAAUAAAUUUUCAGAAGCAUAAGAAAUUUGACUUAGAAGAGAAGGAUGAACUUUGUUUGAUCCACAAUCUUAAGUUUCCUGAUGCCUGGCUAAUUGCAUCUGAAAAAGAGGUGAUGUUAUUAAACCCAUAUAGAAUGGAAGAAGCCUUACUGUUUAAAAGACUACUUGAGAAUCAUAAACUUCCUGCAGAGCCACUGGAAAAGCCAAUUAUACUAACAGAAAGUCUUUUUAAUGGAUCUCAUUAUUUAGAGGUAUUACAUAAAAUGACAACAGAUGACCAAAGAUACAAUGGGUCAAUAUACCUGUCCGAUCCUCGUCUUACAGCAAAUGGUUUCAACAUCAAAUUGAUACCAGGAGUUUCCGUUGCUGAAAACUACUUAGAAAUAGAAGGAAUGGCUAACUGCCUCCCGUUCUAUGGAGUAAUGGAUUUGAAAGAAAUUCUUAAUGCUAUCCUAAACAAAAAUGCCAAGGAAGUUUAUGAAUGUAGACCUCGAAAAGUGAUAAGUUAUUUAGAGGGAGAAGCAGUACGUCUGUCUAGACAGCUACCCAUGUACUUAUCCAAAGAGGACGUCCUAGACAUUGUCAACAGGAUAAAGCACCAAUUUAGAAAUGAAAUUAAAGGGUGUGUUCAUGGUCGCCCAUUUUUUCAUCAUUUAACACAUCUCCCAAAAGCUGCGUUUGCAACAGCGGUGCCACUGGACAAAAUGGACAGAGUAGGCAGUAGCGAUGACAAAGCCCUUGCACCCAGGAUGGAGGUGCCAUCAAGUCAGUUUGGACUCAUACAUUUUCAGAGGCUUAAUAUGAACAUUAAGAAGUUUGGUAAAAUUACAAAUGAAGAAUUCAGGAAAUCACCAGGAACUUCUUGUCAUGAAACUAGUGGCGACUAUAGUUGUAUUUCCUAA